AUGUCUCCAUAUAAGUGUUUUGGGAGACAUGAAAGGAGUUCUGGUAGAGGAUACUUUAGUGGUUCAGGUUCCAGACCUCCCUAUGUGCUCGAGCCUCGACACCCUGAAAAUCUAGGUAUGAUGGGCGGCUUUGAUCAAUCAGGAUCAGGGUCCGGACAAGGAUCACAACCCGAUGGUUAUGUACGUAAACGUUUCUCAAAUGGGGGAUACCGCGGUGGUCGGUUCAGAAGGUCUUCAAAUGGUGGGGAUCGUUUAUUGAGAGGCAGGCACGGUGAUAAUAACCAGUUUUAUGGUCGGAUCCACAACUGGAUGAGUGGUAAUAGGAGAGGAAGAGGUAACUCUCCUGUCUUUAGGAGAUCUAGAAGUCGUUCUGCAGUCCCGUGGAACGGUGGAGAUAGAUUAUCUCAUCCUCAUGAUGGGUUUAGAGCCGAGGAGAGGAUGAUGGAGAGCGUGAGGUUUCCUUUCCAUGAACGGUUUCUUGAAGAUCAAGAAAUAGGUUUCAUGUCACCUCCAAGAAAUAGAAUGCCGCCGCUGGGAUUCGAUGAAAGGAGGAGCCAUGAUUCUGGAACGAAUCAUAAUAGCUUCAGGGGAAGGAGAUUUGGGCUAGGCCAAAGACAUGAUGCUAGAAGAUCUUUAAGAAGACUGAAUUCUGGUAACAUCAACAAUUUUAUACCUUUCAGACGCCAAAGAAGAUUUGAUGAUGUGGAAGAUAACACUGGCGGAAACAUGUUUGAGAUGAGGCAGCAGCAAACUAGGCGGGCUGACGUCACGGAAGAUGGCGGUGAUGAUGUCGCCUGUUCAGGUUUCGCAAAAGAGAGUCGUGGGUGUAACCAAAAACAACAACGGCAACGAGAACAAAGAGGGUAAUGAGAACAAAAUAACAUAAGAGGAUCUUUUAGGUUUUUCAAUAGAACCUCUCUCUUUUUGUUUGUUUUGUUUUGUGUUGGUUGAUUAAAAUUUUCAUUUUAAAAACAUUUGUCUAAUAAGAGGAGAAAUAAUGUCAUGACAAUGUUUGUUGCUUUUAUUUAUGAGUCAAACGAUGUUUUUGAUUUUUUUAAGAAGAUAUUUUGUUUUCAUUUUUCUUUUUAUCAUCGAGAUUUUAGGGUUUGUAGCUUUCUCUUACUUUAAAAAUCUUCUUUCUAAAUAUCUUUCGUUUUUUUUUUAAUUACUAUUUGAAUUUUUAAUUUGAUUUUCUUCAAUAAAAGCGCAAAUUACGCCACUGAGGCAAAGAAAAAUAUAAUGAGAUAAGUCUUGUGAAGAUUUCACUAAGGGUAGCAAAAACUUAUUCAUUACAUGCAUAUAGACUUGAACAUCAAAUGAGUUUGAGGACUUUAACUCCAAACGCAAUCUCUAAAAAUGUACCAAUGGUUAUCCCAAAUAUUUCAACAACAAUUUCAGGGACUAUCUACGACCUCCAUCCUUAUUAUGUAUACAUUCUUUUUUUUUUUACAACAAACAUUUACAGAUUCAUGUUGACUCUGUAAACCAAAUCGGUAACUCUGCAUCCAUGUGAACGACGAAAGAUGUUAAUUUCCUACCACUGUGUGCUAAGCUAUGCGCCCGUAGGUUCUCCGUCCGGAGUACAUGAACGAUAUCUGAUUUGAGAAAACAUCCUUUUAAAAGCUUGAUGUCUUCCAAAUAGCUUUCAAAUGCUGGUCAUUCUUCUGGUUCCGAAACCAUCUUCACUAACUGAGAACAAUCCGUUGCAAACGUUACCUAAAACUGUCUUAAAUUCUUCAUACAUUUCAUUGCCCAAAUUAAUGUCUCUACCUCCGAAAUGAAAGGGUGAGAGACAUGCCCUUACAUUCUUUACCUUUAAUGAACCAUCAAAACCCGGUAAAUUGCUAUACCAGCCUUGCCCUGAAAAUAAAUCUUUAUCUUUUCACGAUCUAUCUAUGAAGCACCAUCGUCCUGGUGUUGCUAAUAUGAGACUGGUCUGUAUCUGAUACCCCUUUGUUGGGUCAUUUACUAUAUGUGCCUCAGCCCAAAGUAUUGACUCCAAUUCUGCUAUUUUAAGUAUUUCCCUCUGAUCAAUAUCAAGAUUGCUAAAAACUUUGUUAUUCCGGCCUUUCCAUAUAUACCAUAAUAUCUAUGUAAAUUGGUGGUCAUCCAUCUUUAGAAUGACUCUCCAAAAAAGAUGAUUCAUAUUAGCGAAAAAAUAAUUGAUAUAAAAAUAUUAGGAUGCGAUGGUAUCUUAGAUAAUGUCCACACUUGACGUGAUGGAGGAUAUUUAUUAUGUAUACAUUCUUAUCUAUUAUAUUAGUAAACUAUUUGAAAUUUACCUCGACAUGUUUUAAAUUUAAACCUAUUAAAAAUAUUGUGACUUAAUAUAAUUAAAUCAUUUAAGUUGAAGACCAACCUAAUAUACUUCAAUCUAAUUAUGAUAAUAUUUGAAAACUAAAAAUUUACCGCCUACACUAUCAUCUUAAAUAUCUCCUACUAAUUAUAUAUAUUUAAAUUUUGCCUACACAUAGAAAUUUUUUAAUACAAAGGUUUGUUAUACUAUAGAAGCCAAUAUUUGACAAAUGUGGAAUCCUAUACUAUAUUCUUAUCUAUUUACUAUUCCAUAAUUUUUAAGAUGUCAUAUAUAUAUAGUAGUAUCUAAUCAUAAACCCCAUAUAUUAUUUGACCCUCCUAUCCUCCCUAACUAAUAUUAUCUAACCUUCCUAUUUCUAACGUUCCAAACGUGACAUACCAAUGGAAUCUUAUAAUAUAAUUGCUAUACUAUAGUAAAAUAACUAAAUACAGUAUAACCAAUAAAUAUAUGUUACAUACGCAAAACCAUGAUUAAUAACAUAACUAUAUAUCGUCUUUAGAUAUUUCCCAAUAUAUUCUCUACAUAUUUCAAUUUUAUAUCAGGCAAAAUUAUAUCUCAAUUUUCAAUUUUUCAAUUUAGAAAUGAAUAAAAAAUCUUGAUUCAGAAUGGAAUUUGUUUUUUGCGCAUAUCAUUGUAAAUUUAAAUAUGAAUAAAUAAUUGAUUAUUGUUAUAGUAUAUUAUAAAAUAUAUUUUUGCAAAGCUUUUACGAGUGUUGUCAAAAAAAAACUUUUACGAGUAAAUUAAUGAUAUUUAUUUAAACAGAAAAAUAAUAAAUGAUAUUUAUAUAGUUCAAAAAAAUUUUAGUUUAGCGAUUUCAGGAAUUUUCUUAUUUUAUUCAUUUCCUGUUUUUGCUCUUUAUAUAUAUCUAUAUAUUAAUUACAUCCCAUCUUUCCGGAAACUGUUUAAGAAAUUUUGUUCACAACUUAUUCAGUUAAUUAAGGGAACUAAUCAUUAUGACUUCAGAAUAUUUGUGCAGCCAAUAUUAUAUGAAAAUAAUAACUAUAUUUAAUAUAUUAAAAACCCAUUUAAAUUUCUUAUAAAUCAAUAGCAACAUUCUAAAUUCAUUUAAAUUCCUUAUAAUUAAUUUCAAUACCUACCAAUAUAUAGUAAAAACUCUAUAAUUUAAUAACAUUGGGCCUGCAAUAUUUUAUUAAUUUAUAAAGUUAUGAACUACAAGAAAAUAUAUCCUUUUCAGAUUCCUCUAUUUUGGAAAUAUUUUUUUUAUAAAAUAAGAAAAUAGUUAAUUCUAAACUUUAGAAAUUUGACUUUCAUGGUUUUAUUAUAUUAUUUGGUUUAGAUGAAAAAUGUGUCAUAGCAUUUAAAUGUGAUGUUAGAUAUAAUUUGAUUAAAUACUAUCAAAAUAUAUGCAUGUGUUAAAAAUAGAAAUGAACUCAAUUAUGAAUAGCAAACUAAUAAUAAAAAAUAAACAUAUAUAAUUUGUAUUUAUUUAUAUUAUUAAUUUGGGAUUUUAAUUGGACCAUAUAUUU